GCGGCCUGUGUUUUAAUCACGAAGACCUGCCCUUGGUACCUCCCACCCUCUCAGCCUUCAUCAAACUAUUCAUGAUUGGCUGCAGCUGCGGCCCAGGGGCGGGCUGAAGAGGCCAAUUUCUCUUGUGGAUUGGCUACGUGCUAUUUAUUCCUCGUUCUGCUCAGCGAGGGCCAGCCCCUGAGGGGGAGAAGUCUCGUCUCAUUGGCUCCUGAUCGUUUCCUUGGGGACGUGGCGCCGCGGCCGGUCUGGCCCUCCUUCCGGCCAAGAGUCUGAGAAAAGCGGUUUGGCCGGGCCGGGAGCUAUCUCGGACCGCGCUCUGCGGACCUUCGGGUCAUAUAGCGGCCUGCGGGAGAGCGAUCCUUCAUAGUCGGCGGGAGAGGCAGGCAGCAAGGAAGGGUCGCCUACGGGUCGGUCCCUCUGACCGGGAGGCGGCAAAGCAGUUCCCCAGAGGAGCUGGAGCAGGGGGUGCCGGAGCCGGACCGGGCUGGGCCGGCGGGGCUCUACGACCGGGCCUUUUCACAAACCGUCAUCUUUCCAGGCUGGCGCAGACGGAGAUGCCCGGGACGGGGAAACCUCCUUGUCAGGGAAAAAGGAAAAGGAGGUGACAGGGGCUGAGCCCCCCGCCCUGCCCUGAGGGAGCCGAUGGCCAGGAUUAGUUUUUCAUAUCUCUGCCCGGCCUCCUGGUAUUUUACUGUGCCUACAGUGAGUCCAUUUGCACGCCAGCGGGUAGCUUUUCUGGGACUUCUCGUUAUAUCCUGUCUUCUUCUACUUAUGGUUGUAGUGGACUUUCGACACUGGGGCUCUACUUCACCUCAAGACAGACAGUACGAAAGGUAUUUAGCUCGAGUAGGAGAACUAGAAGCUACAAACACUGAAGACUUAACUCUGAAUUAUGGCCUUGUUGUAGACUGUGGCAGCAGUGGCUCCAGGAUUUUUGUUUAUUUCUGGCCACGUCAUAAUGGGAAUCCACACGAUUUACUGGAUAUCAAACAGAUGAGAGAUCGUAACAGCCAACCAGUGGUUAAAAAAAUCAAACCAGGGAUUUCUGCAAUGGCAGAAACUCCAGAACAUGCCAGUGAUUACCUUCGCCCUCUUUUGAGUUUUGCUGCUGCCCAUGUGCCUGUGAAGAAACACAAAGAGACACCCCUGUAUAUCCUGUGCACAGCGGGCAUGAGACUUCUUCCAGAGAGGAAGCAGUUAGCAAUACUGACUGAUCUAGUAAAAGAUUUGCCCUUGGAGUUUGAUUUCCUCUUUUCCCAGUCUCAAGCAGAAGUAAUCUCUGGAAAACAAGAAGGUGUUUAUGCAUGGAUUGGUAUCAACUUUGUUUUGGGAAGAUUUGACCAUGAAGAUGACACAGAAGUCCUGGGUCCUCAGGAAUCAGUACCUGGACGUAAGAGGACAGUAGGGAUACUAGAUAUGGGAGGAGCCUCUCUCCAAAUUGCUUAUGAGGUCCCUACCUCUCCUACUUUUCUUCCUCCAGAACAGGAAGAAGCUGCCAAAGUCCUGUUAGCUGAAUUCAAUCUGGGUUGUGAUGUACAGCAUACAGAACAUGUCUAUAGGGUCUACGUCACCACUUUUCUGGGCUUUGGGGGCAACUUUGCCCGGCAACGCUAUGAAGAUAUGGUGCUGAAUGAAACCUUUACCAAAAAUAGGUUACUGGGCCAGCAGACAGGUUUAACUCCAGAAACUCCCUUCCUGGAUCCCUGCCUGCCUGUGGGCCUUGAGGAUGUGGUGGAGAGGAGCAGCCAAGUCCUAUAUAUCAGAGGAAAAGGAGAUUGGCUUACAUGCGGGGAAAUGUUGCACCCACUGCUGUCCCGGGCGAACACCAGCCAGGCCUCUCUGAAUGGCAUCUACCAGUCCCCAAUUGACUUCAACAACAGCGAGUUCUAUGGCUUCUCUGAGUUUUUUUAUUGUACAGAAGAUGUAUUACGCAUUGGUGGUCGCUACCAUGGGCCAACCUUUGCCAAGGCUGCACAGGAUUACUGCAGUAUGGCAUGGCCUGUACUAAGUCAGAGAUUCAAGAAUGGCCUCUUCUCAUCACACGCAGACCAGCACCGACUUAAAUAUCAGUGUUUUAAGUCAGCCUGGAUGUACCAAGUUCUUCACAAAGGAUUUCACUUCCCUUAUAAUUACUCGAACCUGCAAACUGCCCAGUUGGUGUAUGACCGGGAGGUGCAGUGGACCCUAGGAGCCAUUUUGUAUAAAACACGUUUCCUACCACUCAGGGAUCUACGCCAGGAGGGUGUCCGGCAGGUUCACAAUGGCUGGUUGCGUCUCUCCUUUGUGUACAACCACUAUCUUUUCUUUGCCUGUAUCCUGGUGGUGCUUCUGGCUAUCAUCUUAUACCUUCUUCGGCUGCGCAGGAUUCACCGUAGACAAACUGGAGCCUCCGCCCCCCUAGAUCUGCUGUGGAUAGAAGAGAUGGUGCCUAUCAUCGGGGUGCAGGUGGGACCAUGAUGUCUGCUCCAGGACCAAAGCAACUCAAGAACCAGAGAACUGAAGCUCAGGGCGUCCUGGGCCCAUCCUCAGUCUGCCUCAGAGGCUUCUUCGGUGAUCCCAGGCUACUGUUGUUGUGUUUUCACCUCUUCCUUCCCAAGGCCAGCUAUCCAAGAGAAGCCAUGACCCGAUCUGUGAAGUUAUGUAGCUGAGACGCUCUGGUCUGAUACGAGGCACUCAGCCUUCCUCUCUCUGCCUGAUGGCCACAAGAUGUCCUUCUGCCCCUUUGAUCAGGGAGGGUUUGGUAUUGGAGGAACAGUAUCCAUGGACUAUACCCAGCCCUCACUUCCCUAGAUAAAGAAGGGAGUGUGUGGCCCUGGGCGAGAGGAUACUGGAACUUGAGGCAGCUGAUACCAGGCCUGAUCGAUUUAGGAAGUGUGGCAGGCUUUUCUUUCUCUGUAACAGAGAAAUCCCAUAUGUGGAGAUCCACAGCUUUUAAUAAUGAUCCAAGGAUCUUUUGUGCCCGUGGACCAGCAGAACUUCUAGGAAAUUGAAAUAACACAAGUGAAUUCUCUUUUUACUCAGCAGUGAAGCUCUCAUAGGGUUGCCUAAGGCCUCUGGCCCAGGCUUGCUGCUAACGUGACUUACAUGGGAUAUGCCCAUUCUAAGGGGCCCAUCAAAGACUUGGGUUUCUUGUCUGCUUGACGCAGAUCAAUUUUGUCCAUAUCGAUUUGUUGAAAUUGUUGAAAAGACUAAAACUCGGCAUUAUUUUUGCUUCUUGAGCCUUAAAUAUGCUUGUGGGACUCUAGAAGCUGUGAUAACGCAGGGCCCUCAGGUUUGGUUUUGUUUUUAAGUUAAGGUUCCUGUCCCCCCCAAACCCAUUGAAUCUGAGCCUUUGUACCUGGAUUCUCAGUUGCCACUUCAUUCACUGCCUACAUAGAUGUAUAGGGUCAGAAGGGAUGUGUUUGUGUAGAAGGGUAGGGAAGUGUCAGGAUUUGGGGGGGGGGGGGAGGGAAGCAGUAAAAGUCAUUUUUUAAACAGUUCUAGUUUUUGCCUUCAGGAUUUUCUGGAGGUAGCAGAAUUGGAGGCAGGAAGGUCUGAUCUGGCCAGUUUUGAUCAUUCUCUAAAAGACCUCCUCCCCACUCCAACAGCUCUACCAACAUUUCAUGAAUAAGGAUAAGAAAAGGGCAGCAAUAAUUAGACUAGACUGUUAGAGCCAAAAGGGCAGGCUUUUAUAGGAUGUCAUGGAAUGACAGUUUUUAAUCAGUUCUCCUUAGGCACCUUUGGUUUGCCUGUUCUUGCAACCUUUGACAAUUUAUUCCCCUCAGUUUUUCUUACGAAAUCACCUCUUUACUUUUGAUCUUCCCCCAUAAGCCAUUCUGACUUUCCCUUCCCACAAUUUUUUUCUUGGUUUCCCUUUCACUUAGCAUGAGUAAAAAAAAAGAUCCCUAAAUUAAACAGCAAUUUCAGUGGGUACAAUGGUGGAAAUAUACCUGCUUGCUUGGAGAGAACUGGAGGCAAAAGGGUUCCAGACAUGCCUCAAAUUGAUGUUUUAGUUAAUAGAGAAGGCAAAGAUCUCCAUGUUUCUUUCAGGGAAAUGUUAAAUGAACCUAAUACAGGGAUUCUUUAGCUUUCUUUGGAAAUAUUUCCUACACUACAUUAGGCUUAUAUUAAUACUCUGUCUCAAUUUGAGUCUUUUUUCCACCAUUUCUUUGCUUUAUAUUUUAUAGUAAAAACAUAUUUGGUUGAGAUUUAAAAACACAGAAAUAUGUUAGAGGUCAGGGUGGGGCAGUGAAUUGGCACCAAUCCAGUUGCAUUUUUCUUUCCUGCCUUGGCCUCCAAGUGUUUAGAAUGCUGUCUAAUCAACUGCCAAUAAAUCACAUUCAAUACAUAAGGUAUUUGGGGGUGAAGGGUAUGGAAAGGGGGAAAACAUUAAAUACAGGAAAGCAUUUAUGUGUGUAUAGCUAAUAUGCUUCACUGUGAUCAUUGCUUAGGCUAAAUACAUUUUAUCAUGUUUUUUGUGUAAAUUAUCCUUCAUAUUAUUGAUUUAUUGGAAAUGAUUUUUGGAUUUUUUGAGUAUGUGUUUUUUAAUUACAAGGUCUGGGACCAAUUGUAUUCUCAUUCUCAAGUAAGUUAUUACUCUUAAAUUGUGUGAAAUACAGAUGGAAAAAAAUCUAACUGUUCUCUCUCAAAACUACCCAAAACACUUUUAAUAGUUGCUAUUGGCAUUUUAUCUAGCACUUCAUUCCUUUGCCUUUUCUGUUGUCCCUUUAUCAGGUUCCAAAUGACCUUUUUAGAGUCGCCCAAAGACCAUCACUUCCUUGACAACAUAGCUAUGCUUGUUUGCUUUCUCAGGACUUGAUCAUUUCUGUUGUUUAUACAGGUUAGCUUAGCUUUCAGUAUCUUCUCUCCCCAAUUCUGCCCCUCCAUCUUUCAGUCUUUUUGCAUUUUUCUUCCACUUGGAUACCUAUAAUUGGAAUUUUUCUCCCCAUGAAAAGAAAUAGCUUUAUCAAAUUCAAGUUUUUUCACUUAACUAAUUUUAAUAUGAUCUUUACCAUUAUUGAUUCAGGCCAAAUCCCAUUACAACACAUUUUAUUGUUUAAAAAAAUUGUAAUGGCAUUUGCAUAUCUCAGGAUAACAAAGUUUUUAUAUUUUGAAUAAUUAAAUACAAUAUAUCCAUUUGCUCUUCA